AUGCUGGUGUUGCCAGCUAAUAUGAGACUGACUUCUUCUAAGUUUCUCAUCUUUGGUUGCUUCUUAAAGGCAGAGCCCACAGACAAGGUCUGGGGUCUUUGGGGUGUGAUGGCAUGGAGGUCUUGGAAAGACCCAUAUGUCAUGGACAGAUAUAUUGGCAGAGUUCAGUUAGUCUUGCCUUUCACACCUCAACUGUCUGAAAGCAGUGAAAGUCAAGCAGAGAUUGAAGGGGUACAUCAAGUCAUGGUUACAUUGAUAAUUGAUAUCCUUAGUUCUGGACUGACUGAUGAUGGUGGGAUUGUAACGUAGGAGGUACUGGAGGGAGCUGGCCCAAACCCCAAGGGAAGGCCUUGGCUAUAGAGCUCGGUCUUUGUGCUGGGUGUCUGUGGCCCUUCACAAGGACGGCCCAUGUUGCCACCAUGGCACAGAGCAAUCCAGAUGUCGACUGACAGCCCUGGCUGGGGUGUAGGUGGCAAGCGUGCUUGAGUACACACUUACUACAUUUUGUUUAUCACUCUGAAGUGUUUAGUUUUUGAAUUUUUAUAUUCCAUUCUUGACUUCCCUUAAUGUAAAGGCUUUUAAUGUGAGUUACUUAUAACUCUGCACAUACCAAGAUAAUUUAUUAAGAUACCAAGAGUGAACUUGGAAAAAUAAUUGUGUAUUACCCUUAAAUUAAGCUGAUUAUUGUAAUAGUCAUUUAACAGAUAAUACAAACUGUCAAAGAGAAAUCUCUUCAUGAAUGUUUCAAUAGAAAUAAAACAUUUUAUACAAAAUUUGUGUUCAAAGAUAUUCAGUUUGUAUGUUAUUAGUUCAUGAAAAUUAUAUUUUAUUUCACUGAGUUCCUUACAAAUGAGAGCUGAUGAAAUAAAUCUUUACCAUCCACCUCACUGGCUGUAGAAUCAUACAAUUGAUGUCAUUUCAGUGCAUUGUGUUACACUUGUGUAUGAGCAGAGUUGCUGUGUUCACUCCUGGCACGUGAGUGCACUAGCACGCAGUCCCCACCUCGCACAGCUGGGCACUUACUAUAUUAUAUUACCAGAUUUUUUGUGACAUUGUGAGUGUUAAAGUUUUCAAAGAGUUUAGUUAUCAUUUGUUAGAGAUAUUGCAUAAUCAUGUGCCUUGAACUACAACUAGGUAACAUUUCUUUUUUCUACUGUGAAAUUAUUUAUGGACAUUCCAUUAAGAAUUAUGUUCUUCUUAGUUGCUGAAAAAUGACACAUUGAAUUUUUGAGUAUUGGAAGAAAAUAUAUUUUGAAAGAAACAUGAAUCUUGAUGAAAAAUGCAUUAUACUGCAUGGUGUAUAUGGAAUGUCGAAAUGCAGAGGAUUGUUCUAAUAUUGUAACUGGACCUUAAGUAUCUGACAGUAUAAUCUUAAUUUGAACUGUUUGAGCAUAAAAUUUAUUUUCAAAAUUAGAUUUCCAAAAUCUUAUCCCAUCCUUUGAUUCCUUUAGUGUACAACAAGAAAAGAGUCCAGAUAACAUAGGAUUUUAAUCUGGUAAUUUCUCAUGUUAUUGUCAUUCACCUUUUUAUUGUUACUUAAAAUAUUUUUAGUGAAUACAUUUAUGCUAUGUAUUUCUACCAUGAGAACGGUGUUUAUAAUGGAGAUGGACUGUCAGAUUUUGGUCCAGAGAACAAUAGCCAAUUAAAAAGGCCUUGUUAGAUUUGAAUCAAGACCUAAAGAAAAUAUGACUCCCAGGCAGGUGUGCCUUAGGUUUUCAUUCAUAUGUGUGCUGUUUUUCCUACUAACUGAUUCUCCACACCUUGCUACUGAAAUUGGUUCAUACUGAAAGACAAAUUAAUUUUUUUAAUGGAGAUAAUCAAAGAAACUAAUUUUGUGUAUCUGUAAGAAAACCAUUUUGAAAACAUAUUUUACCUCUUAGCAUGAACAGAUUAUUUUAAGAUGCUGUGUGAAUUGAAUAGGUUUGCAGUAGCAUUGGAACAGUAAUUAAAAAUGUUGAGUGGCAUUGUGCUUCAGGUGUUAUUACACAUGACAGACAAAAGUGGAAUCUGAUCAAAUCUAAUCUUACUGUAUUCUCAGAUGCAGUAAUUAUCUCUUGGUUGUAUAUGAACUGGAUAUUUAAUGUUAUUGGCAUAAGAUACUCAACUACAAAAUUGACUCAUUUGAGUUCAGUCACAUAUAUCUACCUCAGGACACCAUAUUGCGCAAUUCAUGCCUACCGAUUGCUGGGUGAUAACUGACACAGCAGAUUUUGUACAUAGAAAUAUAGGAUAAAAUAAACAUUUUUAUACCAGUACACUAUUUACAUAUUAUCCAUAUAUAGUAUAAAUAUAUAGAAAUGUUGCAUAGUGUUUGUUAUACUGUGGAGACUUUCUCAAAGCACAACUGAAAUGAGUGAUAAAAACAGUUUCAUCACAUGCAAUGGGUUCCUAAAAUGGCCUUAAAGUAAAAUUCAGAUUUCAUUUUGUAUGUUGCUCUAAACUAGAUGUGAAAGAUUUGCUAUUUACAAACUUGUAUUGGUGGAUAACCAGGACCAGAGGUCUGGCUGUAUGCUGCAAGCACUUUUAGAAUAAGACUCAAUUACCGGUAUUUCUCUGUGCUGUGGUAGGAGGACCAUUUAGGCUUUCCUGGCAUUUUUGAUGUCUUUUAGCAGUGUGUGCCUUGCAGGUUGGAGAUAGUUUUGUAACUUAUUUUGUGAAUUGUGCAAUUUAAUUUGGAAUUUUUAAUGAGCAUAGGUGUAAGAUUCCUGUCACUUGUAAUGUAAUCUGCUGCACUACUGCUUACAACUGCUACAAGAAAACUCCAGUGCCUUUGUGUGGUAAUCUGAGACCAGCUUUGUUAUUAAAUUUUAUUAAUUUUUAUAUUGAAAGAUAAGAGUAAGGUUUUAUCUUUCGUGAAAAUAAAUUAGAAAAUUUGUUUACAUUUUGCUGCUCCUAUUUUGUUAUUCAUUACUUUGAGUGAUGAAGAUGAAAUAAUAAUACAUAUUCUCAAAGACUUUGCACACUGCUUAAGUGAUCAUUGACUGGGCCUACAUGUGUCCUCUGUCAAGCACAGGUGCUCUUUGAUUUGUAAUAGAUAUUCCAUGUGUGCAAAUUUCAUUGCUUGUGUUUAACAUGUUGGCAACAGGGUGCAACAAAGACUUGAAAUUUUUGUGCUGAAAGCUGGCUUCUGAGCUGGUACAGUUCGUUCUGUGAGUAGUUCAGAUCAGUUUUGUUAUGUGGCUUUAAAUUAGAAACUGUGUUUCACCUUGUUCUAUAAAUAAAUUCAGUGAUGUUUUACAGUCAAACUGAUAUGAUCCAUUGGAGGGAAUUAUGGAAACUUGCUUUUUCAUAAUUUUUAUCCAUGGGUAAAGGCUGAUUUAAUUUUAUUACUAUUAUAAAAUAAUUAUUAAGACUUUAUAUCUUAUAUAAUGUUUUGUAG